CCAUCAAGAUAUAAGAAAUUUGUAUUCGCUUUAUUGUCUUAAAACAUUGAUAGAAUGGGGAAAGAGUCUCCAGCUGUUUAUUCAACUUUUAUAUUAAAUUUGAUCAAUUGGUUAAUUGGACGAAAAUUUAAUAACAACAUGAGAUAUACCAAAUAUGUUUCUUCAAGAUCUGAACCAGACCCUAACCUUCCCCCUGGCCCACAUGCAAAGUUAAGUGAAAAUUAUUAUUUUCAGCGUGAUGGAAGGAGAGAAAUUAAUCCGCCUGAAGAAAUCUUUCCAAUUAAGAAAAACUUAACUUAUUCAAACAAUAUAAGAUUACUUAAAGACAAAUAUUUAACUCAAUCAGAUGUGGGUUUAUUUUUGAAUAAACUGAAUCAACAAAUGGGUGAUAAAUCAACAUAUAUUUCAAUGCCAAAAACAAAAUGAUCUAAAUUUUUGAAAUGACCUUUACUUUAUAUAUAAUUAUGAGAAUCUACUGAAUUUAAAAUAUUAAAAACGUAUAACAUUCAUUCAUUAAAAGAUUUUGUCACUACAAUGAUAUUGUGUUAAAUUUCUUUACGAUUAUAUUAAUUUUUGUUAACAAAUACAUGAAAAUUUUUAAAUUACUCUGGAAUAGAUAUUAUUUAAGUUUUAUUAACUAACUUACCUCUUAUAAAAUAUUCCUUUAGAAAAAACAAAAGGAAAAUUUAUAGGGCUUUGCAGAUAUUGAAUAUCAGAUUGGGGAUGAUUGUGGAUAUAAAAAUCCCCGAAAAAUUGUUUUUAAGUGUUAAAACGCUAAAACACAUAAAACAUAAGAAAGCCGGUCACAAAUUCGAAGCGAUAAUCGAUAAUAUCAAUAUUUUUAUAAUUCAUCAUACUUAGCACAUACCAAUUUAUAAUUUUAAAAACAUUAAAUUUCGCAAGUUUGUUACCCACCUAAAAAUC